AUGACCCAAAAAUGCCCAAAACCAACCAUAAUUCGCUUAGUGAAUCAUGUUAUACAGGUUGAUGCAUUCACUGAUUGUGAGUUUAAGGGUAAUCCUGCUGCUGUUUGUUUACUUGAAGAGGAAAGGGAAGAUGAGUGGCUUCAAUCAGUUGCUGCUGAAUUCAACUUCUCUGAGACAUGCUAUCUCAAACCCAUUCCUGUUUUGGAUUCCCCACAUCCCAGAUUUCAUCUCAGAUGGUUUGCUCCUACUACUGAGGUCGAAAUAUGUGGCCACGCGACUUUAGCAGCUGCACACUUUUGCUUCACAUCCGGCUUAGUGAAGGCAAAUACAGUCGAAUUUACAACACUUUCCGUCCUUUUGACAGCCCAGAAAGUGUCUGAAAUGAAUGGAUCCGUCUCAUAUGAGUCGGAGAACAGUGAAAAGAAUCAAGUGUCCUUGAUUGAACUAAAUUUUCCUGCAUCUGCAACAUCUGAUUGUACAAUAGAGGAGAUCACAUUGUUAUCCAAAGUAUUUAUUCACGAAACCGUGAUCGAUAUGAAGAAAACGGACAUAAAUUAUCUCUUUAUCGUCUUGCCAUCAUCAAAGGCUGUAAUAGACGCGUGCCUAGACUUCAAAGAAAUCAAGAAGUGCCUAGGCACAGGUUUGAUCAUAAGUGCUGCUGCGCCUUUCGGAUCUGGGUUUGAUAUUGUCAGCCGGUUCUUUGCUCCUGAGGUUGACGUUAAUGAGGAUCCAGUUUGUGGAAGUGCUCAUUGUGCAUUGGCAGUUUAUUGGUCUACCACCACCACCAACACCACGGCCCUCUCUCACCUUAUUUGACCUUUUAACCAAUUAUAUUUUUUUUGUGCUCGUACAGUCGUCGCAUCGAGGCGGAAUUCUAAAACUGUACUGGGAUGAGCAGAACAAUAGAGUUAAAAUUCAGGGGCAUGCAGUGGACUGAUGGAAGGGUCUGUUGUAGUCUAACAGGAAAAGGCUAUACUAUGUUCUCUUAUGUUGGUUUCCUAGAUAAAGGUUUGUAAGUCCUUAUAGCCCCUCAAUAAU